AUGUCGUGUGACAAGACUUUAAAAAGGAAAAGAGUGGUGCUAAGUCUCGACGACAAAUGUAAUAUUUUAACACGGAUGAGAAACGGUGAAUCGGGAUCUGCGUUAGCAAAGGAGUAUAACAUCGGAAACUCAACAAUAUUCGGAUUAAAAUCAAACGAAGAUAAGAUUUUACGGUACCGCGAAAAUAUACUCAUAAACAAUAGAAAUGCAACUAAGAAAAAAGUGAUGUCGGCUGCUGAGAAUCGUAAUUUGGAUAGUGCAAUUUUCCGAUGGUUCUCGCAACAGCGUGUCAUAGGGACACCCAUCAGCGGUCCAAUUUUAUGCGAAAAAGCAUUGCAGUUGAAUUCAAAGAUGGGAGGCAAUGACAAUUCAGGGCCAAAUGCCGAUGAAACUGGCUUGUACUGGAGAUCAUUGCCCCGAAAAUCACUUGCUUCAAGUGCAGAAACUACCGCACCUGGUCAUAAGAUUUCAAAAGAUCGGGUGACAAUUAUGGUUUGUUCCAACGCCACGGGAACACAUAAACUCCCGUUACUUUUGAUAGGGAAAUAUGCGAAACCCCGGUGCUUUAAGCAUGUUAGUAAUCUUCCGGUCAAUUAUAAGGCACAAAAAAAUGGAUGGAUGAAUACGGAACUUUUCAAAGCCUGGUAUCUUUCCGAUUUUAUUCCAGCGGUUAAACGGCAUCAGGAAACCACAGGGAAUAAAGGAAAAGUGUUACUCCUACUGGAUAACGCUCCAUCACAUUCUGUAGCAGAAUUGAAUACAUUGACCGAUGAAAUGUUCCGUGUUAUAUUUUUCCCGGCAAAUGUAACGUCAUUAAUCCAACCAAUGGAUCAGGGCGUUAUCGAGAAGACCAAAAGAUUAUAUCGUAAAAAUUUACUUACAAAAAUACUGCUUGAAGAGAAUCAAAAUGUAGUUCAGUUUGUCAAGCAUAUAACAUUGAAGGAUUGUUGCAAUAUAAUAAAUGAAGCAUGGAACUCGCUGACACGGGACAAUCUUCGCAACGCAUGGAGAAAACUCCUUCGUGACAACGAAGUGGAGGUGCCCGAAAGAAGAAGCAGGGACGAUGAAGAAGAAAUUUUAAAUAUUCACCAGGUUGCAAGAACCAUUCCGUGUUAUACUGAUAAUGAAAUUGAAGAUACCAACGAAUGGCUUGGAAGAGAUAAAAACGAUCACGGCUUCCAAAUUUUAACUGACGAAGAACUAGUAGACAAAUUUACAGGACACAAUGCAACAACUGACGGAAUAGAGGAAGUAAUUGAUGAUGAAGAAUCACAAUUAGCGAUCAAUGAAGAAGUUCCCACCGAUGCCGAUGCACUAGCUGCUUUUAAGACUGCAAUAAAAUGGUUCAAAGCACAGCCAGAAUCGAAUAUUGCUGAGUGUGAAUUAAAAUGUCUCCAAAACUUAAAAGAACUUGCAUGUUCAAAAAUUGCGAACGGAUAA